AUGUCACUCUUCGGACAGUCCACCAACACUGGUGGCAGUUCACUGUUUGGAGGAGCCAACACGGGUGGCACAACAGGCGGGCUGUUUGGACAGUCUACAACACAGAAUCAGCAGAGCGGAGCAACAGGCGGUGGUCUGUUUGGUCAAAAUGCCCAGAACCAACAACAACAACAACAGAGCGGAACAACGGGAGGAGGCUUGUUUGGGGGACUGGGCGCAAACAAACCAGCUACCACGGGUACUGGCCUCUUCGGACAGCCGCAACAACAGCAGCAGACCGGUAACACAGGCGGUGGUCUCUUCGGUCAGUCAACGACACAGCCGGCCAGCACAACCACCGGCGCUGGAACUGGCACUGGACUGUUUGGACAACAACCUGCGCAGACUCAGCAAAGUGGAACUACAGGCGGUCUGUUUGGCGCUCAGCAGCAGCAACAGAAGCCGUCGCUGUUUGGAUCUUCCCUAGCGCAACCUGCGGCAGCUGCGAAACCCUCAUUGUUCGGUCAACCGCAGCAGCAGCAGCCGCAACCCCAGCAGAACACGCCUUCGAUGCUUGGUGCAAGCACCCUCGGCGGAAGCACCCUGGGGGGUAGUCUUUUUGCCAGCCAGGCCCCCAAUGGACAAUCGUUAUCACAGCCAGCGGGUGCCUAUUUCGACAGUCUCUUUGCCAAAAGCCAGAAAGCUGAUGGUAAAGCCAACAUGGAGGACCUCCCGAGUCUCGAGCUUGGUUUGGGCGAUUUACGGCAUCGAUUGAAGAAGCUCCAAUCAAAGCCUAGCGACAAACCUCUUGGUGGAAAAGCUCACUAUCUUCUUGCAGCCUCUGGUGUUGAUCCUGGUGUUGCUGCUAAGGACCUUGGCCUCCUUGAUGUCCAGGCUGGUCGCACUGAGCGAACUACCCAUGGAUACGCCCCGAGCGAACUCGACGUUGAAACAUACCUCUCGAACCUCCAGACCAAGACGACUCUCAGCAUGAUUGCCGAUGGGAUCGAUCGAUCGGUUCGCGACUUUGAUAACUUCCUCGAAGACAAUGUUACGAUGGAAUGGGAGGCCCAACGAAAGCGCAUUUACCAGCACUUUGGAAUCUCGCCUCGUGAGGAUGUUGCUACCUCUGGUCGUGAAUCUCAGAGCGCUUUCGGUCGAUCUCGGCGCAAGAGCCAGGCCCCAGCGGCAAAGAGUGGCAGAGCCAGCGUUCUUGGCAGGUCGACACUCCAGAAAUCUGUCAUCGGAACCCCUAGCCGAAUUGGAGCGCAUACAACUGACUUCUCAGAUGUCGACCGCUCUUCUGAGUCUGGUGGCCUGGAUGGUCGUAUUUCCUCUGACGAUAGAGUGCUUCGCGAGAGGCAAGGACGUCUCUCUGAGAAAAUCCGCAACCUCAAUACAGCUCGUCUUCUUAAGCGACCUUAUCCCAUCCUCUCUGAGCUCGCGGCUGUUGAGAAAAAGUCACACGAACCCCAUGCGCCACACCUUGUUGAGGCGUACCUUGCAGUCAUGGAGAUUGUAGGCGAGAACCCUGAUGCCGAGACGACACUUAACAAUGCCACGGCCAGGGAGCGCGAAUUUGCAGAUAUGUAUCUCAACGACAACCCCAACUCAGCCAAGGCUGUUGAGAUGCGAAAGCGUAUCCUCAGUGGCGCAAACGUCUUCCUUGAGAAGCAGUUCUUACGCGAAGUUGAGUCGCUUAUUGCUAAGCAUCCUCACGAGGCGAAGCUUGGAGGUCUCCCCGAUAUUGUCAGCAAGGUCAAGGCGUACAUCCGACUACGGUCCGCACGAAAGGAUCUGGUUCCUGACAAUACUGAGCUUCAGCAGGUUCAGGGCGAAUAUGUCUGGGCUAUUGUGUUUUAUCUGCUCCGCUCAGGACAUGUGAGCGAAGCGGCUAAGUAUGUUAACGACAACACCAAUCAGUUCCGAGGCAUUGAUAGAACCUUUGCAACGUACUUAAACAACUACGCUGCCAGUGAGGAUCGCCGUAUUACAAACAGGAAGCUUCUGGAUCGUUGCACAAACGAGUACAUUCAGCGCUCGCGCAACGCCCCUGAAAACUCGAUUGACCCUUUCCGCAUGGCUUGUUAUAAGGUUAUUGGACGUAUCGAACUCGGUAACCGCAACCUGGAAGGACUUAACACAGAUAUCAAUGAUUGGAUUUGGCUUCAGUUCAACUUGGCGAGAGAGGGCGAUAAGACGAUCGAGAUGGCUGGCGAGUCAUAUGGCCUGGCUGAGUUGCAGUCUAGCAUCCGAGAAAUCGGUCUGAAGCACUUCCCCAAGGCCAACUCGGAGGACAGCAACGGCAGCUUUGGCAUGUUCUUCUACCUGCAGAUUCUCUCAGGUAUGUUUGAGGAUGCCAUCGCCUACCUGUAUCCCUUCUCGUACGUCGAUGCUGUGCAUUUUGGACUCGCGCUCGAGUUCUACGGUCUGCUCCGACCAAGCGACGCUAUGUCACCAUCCAACGACCUGCGAAGCUACAGCACCAAGAACCUACCACAGAUCAACUUUGGUCGCAUGAUCGGGUACUACACUCGUGACUUUAGAGCCGCAGACGUCGUGUCUGCUGUGGACUACCUGACCCUCAUCUGCUUGAACCAAGAUCUUGGCGGUGAAGCUGGCCAGCGACACGGCAGCCUCUGCCACGAGGCUCUCCGAGAGCUGGUUCUCGAGACACGCGAGUUCAGCAAGCUGAUUGGUGAUAUCCGACCAGAUGGUCGACGAAUUCGUGGCAUCAUCGAGGAACGCGGUCCUCUCAUUGGACUUGAUGCCGAGGACGACUUUGUCAACACUGUCACGCUUCAGGCCGCUAGUUUUGCGGAUGAGAACGGCCGUACCACAGAUUCUGUGUUGCUGUACCAUCUGGCUGGUGAAUAUGAUACCGUCGUUGCCAUUGUCAGUCGUGCAUUGAGCGAGGCUGUGUCUCUCGAGAUUGGUGAGGACCCUAUGCGUCUCAUGCCUGUCAAACCCCGGGCUGGUGAGCAAGAGGCGGACGCCGGCAGCAGUCUCAGCCUGGCAGCCAUUGAUGAUCCUGUCGAGUUGGCCAAGACCAUGAUGAGCAUGUACGAGCGAGACGCCAUGUUCUACAGGAGGAUCCAGGACCAGAACAAGGUCGCUUGCCGGGUGCUGCUGGAAAUGAGCAGCAUCAAGGGCUUGGUGGAAUCCGGACAGUGGGCUCAGUGCCUCGACAGAAUCCGAGGCCUCGAAAUCCUCCCUCUGGAUGCUGCAGGCGAUGGCAGCACCAUUCGAGCAUAUGCCUCGAAGUUUUCUGGCCUCUCACAGCCCGUUUCUAUCAACGUGCCUAACCUAUUGAUGUGGACCAUUAUUUGCUGCGUUCGCCAGCGAGAGCAACUCACAAGCGGCCAGUUCAGCGGCAAUGAAGGCACACGACGAUUGAUGGUGGAUCAGCUGAAGCAGAUGACGCUGGAUUUGACGACGUAUACCAGUCAGUUGCGAUACAGAUUCCCACCUCAUCUGCACGAGGCUCUUGCAAGAGCAUCGGCGGAGUAG